AGGUAGCCAUCCGAUCAGACUUUAAAGCCGUAUGAACAUCUGGAUUUCUGCCACGUCACCUUCCCCUUUGACCUUUAUGAUCCUCCCAAUGCAAAGCACUAGCAGCGAUGCCGAUCGAUAGCUCAGUGAAAUAAUAAACACUUCUGUUGUGGUCGCUCGCUUCUUUGCCGCGGAUCGAGUAUGGAGGAAAGGAACGGGAAGCGGAUUAGAUCAGGAGACUCCGACGAGUUACUCGACGACGUGAGAUCUGAAGAGAAUGAUGUUGUCUCCAAAGGCCCAAUCGGGAGAGGAAGAGGAAGAGGAAGGGGAAGAGGAAGAGGGAGAGGGAGAGGGAGAGGGAGAGGAAGGGGAAGAAGAAAAAUUGAUGACGGAGAGGUUUCAUUUUCAAAUCAAUCUGUUCAAGGAGACAUGUCUGCUCCCCAUAAGGAUUUUAUUAAGUGUGAUGGAACCAGAAAGAUUGGGGGAUUGACGUGUCAUCAUUGUAAGAACUUGACGAGUGAGACUGAUCUCAUCUUCUGUUCAGAGUGUAACAAGAAGUAUUGCUAUGACUGCAUCAAGAGAUGGUAUUCAGAUAGAACUGAUGAACAAGUUAGAGCUGCUUGUCCCUUCUGUAUGAAGAAUUGCAAUUGCAGAGCUUGUUUACGUUUGCCUUUGGUUGUCAAGCCUCGAACUGAAAAAGAUACAAAUGUCAAGUUCAAGCAGUUGCAGUACUUACUAUAUAAAGUUCUCCCAGUUCUAAAGGAUAUUUAUACUGAGCAGAACCGUGAACUAGAGAUUGAAACAACAAUUAGAGGAAUCCCUGUUACAGAAUCUGAUAUUACUAGGUGCAAACUUGAUCUAAGUGAACGCAUUUACUGUGAGCACAGAGGUGUUUUCAUCAUUACCAGUCUCAUAUGCCCGAGUGAUCUCUGCCGCACAUCAAUUGCCAAUUUUCAUAGAAGCUGCCCGAACCCAAAAUGUGCAUGUGAUAUAUGUCUUUCUUGCUGCAAGGAACUAAGAGAGGGAUUCUAUAAUCAAGAGGGAAUAAAUACUGAAUAUGAAUUUGGAGUUCCAGUGGAUUUCUCUAACUGGAAGCUUAGUUCAAGCGGAAACAUUCCAUGCCCUCCGAAAGAGUGUGGUGGUUGUGGUACUUCAACACUUGAGUUGAGACGCUUAUGCAAAACUGACUGGGUUAAAAAAAUGAUAACAGAUGCAGAGGAAGUUACUCUGCAGUUUAGGCCAUCGGAUGUGAAUAUUUCUCAUGAAUGCUCCGUAUGCACUAUUAAUGCUGAUUCUACUAGAAGGCAGGCGGCGUUUAGGAAGAAUGCUCAUGAUAACUUCUUAUACACACCAAAUGCUGUUGAUCUAACUGAAGAGGAUAUUGCUCAUUUUCAGUCGCACUGGAUGAGGGCAGAACCUGUGAUAGUCAGAAAUGUUCUCGAGAAGACAUCUGGACUAAGUUGGGAACCGAUGGUUAUGUGGAGGGCUUGUAGGGAAAUAGAUCCAAAGGUUAAAUGUAAAGAGGAGGCGAAAAGCGUGAGAGCUUUGGAUUGCUUGGACUGGUGUGAGGUUGAAAUAAAUAUUCAUCAGUUUUUUGAAGGCUACUUAAAAGGCCGCACACAUUGGAACGGUUGGCCAGAAAUGUUGAAAUUAAAGGAUUGGCCUCCAUCAACUUUAUUUGAACAGCGCCUUCCAAGGCACAAUGCUGAGUUUAUUGCUGCAUUGCCCUUUUUUGAUUACACUGACCCAAAAUCUGGUAUCCUAAAUCUCGCUACAAGACUUCCAGAAAAAUCCUUGAAGCCAGAUCUUGGACCCAAGACAUACAUUGCAUAUGGUUUCCCUGAUGAGCUUGGUAGAGGAGAUUCAGUGACAAAGCUACAUUGUGAUAUUUCUGACGCGGUCAACGUGCUGACACACACAGCUAGAGUGGAAAUACUUCCUCAUGUAUACGACUACAUAAAAGUACAGCAGGAAAAAUAUGCAGAAACCAAGUUGCAUAAACAAUAUGGUGGUCAAGGGACAGAAGCUACCAAACUUGAAGACCAAUCACUGAUAGAAAAAAAUGAAGAUAAACAGGGUUUUAUGGACAAGGCAGCUAAAGAAGAACAAUCAAGUAGCAGUUUAAGACCGAUGGGCUCCCAAAGAGUUGAUCAAAUAGAUGUUGCAAAUGGUGACUGUACUACCAACGAAAGAGCUGAUCCGAUGGAAAGGUCUUCUAGUUUAAAUUCUUGCACUACUGCGAUGGAGUCAGAUCAUGAUCAGAAACUGGAUGUAACGCUGACAAACGAAUUUAUUGCUGAUGAGAAUCAAAAUGACAUCUGUUUGGAGACUGAGAAUACAAGUGCUAAAUCCAUACAAGAGCAGAAACUGGAUGCUUCAAAAGAAACUGAUGGCAAUACCAAUGAGAGGUCAGAGGCUGUGCAUGGUGGUGCUGUCUGGGAUAUCUUUCGAAGGGAGGAUGUUCCAAAACUUAUCCAGUUUUUGAAAAGGCACCAGCAUGAGUUUUGUCACACCAAUAAUGAACCAGUGAACAACGUGAUUCACGCAAUUCAUGACCAGACUAUGUUCCUGAGUGAAAGACAGAAGAAACAGCUAAAGGAAGAAUUUGAUAUAGAACCAUGGACCUUUGAGCAACACCUAGGCGAAGCUGUUUUCAUACCUGCAGGUUGUCCUCACCAAGUGAGAAAUAAACAGUCUUGCAUAAAGGUGGCAUUAGACUUUGUGGCUCCUGAAAGCGUUGAAGAAUGCCUUAGGCUAACACAUGAGUUCCGAAGAUUACCAAAAGACCACAGAUCUAGCGAAGAUAAGUUGGAGCUUAAGAAAAUAGCGCUUUAUGCUGCGAGCUCAGCCAUAAGAGAUGCAAAAGAGCUGAUGUAAAACACCAUGACACAGUGAUGCCUAACAGAAGACAAGGACAAAACUCACACGCAACAUUAUUGGAUCCAUAAAACUUUCCUUCACAUUUUACGUGUUGCAACAUAGAAAGUAAGAUUCUCCCUCUACCUCAAAAUAGUAGAGUCGGAGCAAAUGUAAAAUAGGUUUAUAAACACAGUUGUGUGGGCUUUUGUUACCACGUAUGGUCCACGCAUAAACUAUAUAAUUAGCGACUUGCAGGUUCCAAUAAUGUUGCUUUACAUAUUCUGGUUCGGACAAGAGACCUGUAUUUAUGUGCCACAUUGGGAAGAUUCGUGUUGUUGUAUUCAAUCAGAGAAUAUAAUAUGUCAAAGACUCCCUCUGUUUUGUUUAAA